CCUCCUUUCGAAAUCCCUGCCAAAAUGGAACAAAACCUCUCGGCCCAAAUCCUCCCCAACUCACUCUCCAACCACCAAGACGACGUCGUGGCCGCCGCCGACGACGACGACCCACCGCCGCCCCUAAGCCUUCAAGCCCUAGAAGCUCUCAAGGAGUUCCUAGCGGAGCAAAGCCAGCCCUUACCUGACGCCGCCGCCGAGAGCCGAGCCGCAGACUCGGCAGCUCCAGCUCUCAUCUCCGAAGACUGGAGACUGAGCCAGUUCUGGUACGACCCCCACACCGCCGAAACCCUAGCCCAAGAGGUCCUCACUCUCUGCAACUCGCUCCCCGACUCGGCCGCUAGGGUUGCUUGCGUCGCUUGCCCCUCACUCUACGCCUAUCUCAAGAACAAUGAUUCUGACGUGCCUGUGCAACUGCUUGAGUAUGACAAGCGGUUUGAGCAGUACGGGAGUGAUUUCACGUUUUAUGAUUACAACCGACCUGAAGACUUGCCAUUGGAGCUCAAGCAUGCUUUUGAAAUUGUAGUUGCUGAUCCCCCUUACCUGAGUCGGGAGUGCUUGGAGAAAGUUGCUCAAACUGUUUCAUUUCUUGCACGAUCAGAAAAAUCUUACCUGCUUCUCCUCACAGGAGCGGUGCAGAAAGAGAGAGCAGCUGAACUCAUGGGAUUACAUCCAUGUGGUUUUAGGCCCCAACACUCUAGCAAACUAGGAAACGAGUUUCGGCUAUUCACAAACUAUGAUCCUGCCAUGAGAUUAGAAGGGUGGGAUGUUGAGAAGUAGGAACUCUUUAUUCUCUUGUGACCCUAAACUGAUUCAACUGCUGGAGAAUCAAACUGUGUCGCCUGCUAGGCAUAUUCUGGAUGCUAGAAAGAUGAUGUCUGAAUCUGUCAUGUGGCAUCAAUUCAGGCUAAAGCAGAUCAGUAUACAUUGCUACUCCAGUCUGUUUUAUCAUCUGUAGUUGUUCUCCCCACCCAACUUUUGUAAGCCAAAUUUGAUUUGUUAUGUGUAUUUGCAUCGCCCAAAAUUUCACAGGAUAGAAAUGUAUCUUCUUUUUUUAUUGGAAGAUAAAUCGAGAUCCUCUGAUCAGUACUUGCAUCAUGACAAA